UGGAAGCGGAUCCGGCGCCCGGCGGUAGCCCUCCUUUCGUCUCCGGUUCCCAGGUGAGGAGAGGAAGAGCGGGACGCAGCUGGCCGGCCGGCUCGCGACUAGGACAUUGAAGGACUUUAAUGAAACUUAAACGGUUCAACAAAAGAUGCUCUAAUGGAUGACAGCGAAACUCCUACAUAUAAUCUGCAGAUAGAACCACAAGAUGGAUGUCAUCCUGGUGAUGGUGUGGAAAGUAUUGUAACAUGCUUGCCCUCUGCAUCAGAUGAAAAUGAAAAUCAGCUUGAUGGGGAUGGGGAUGGGCAUGAGCUUCUGACCAGCAGUGACAGUGCAAUGGGCAAACCUGAAGUGUUUGAGCCGGACAGUCUCAACAAUAAUGAAAGCUGCACAUCAAGCUGUGAGGUGGCUGCAAGUGAGAACUUGGAAAACACUGCUUGUGAAGGCCCCAAAGAUGGACAGGACUUCUUGAGAAAGGACCCAAAAAUACCUGGAAAAAGAAGUUCAAGAAGCAAAAAAGGCACUGUUAAGAAGAUACCACAAGGACUUUCUUCAGGAGAUACCACACCCUUUAUGCAAGAAAAUAUAUUACAUGCAGCCAUACAUGCUGUUAGUGAUGAAGAGUCUGCAGAAGUAAAUGCUAAUGAUCAACUAGAAGCCCCGAAGCUGGUUCUGCAAUCUCUGUUCUCACUUAUACGGGGUGAAGUUGAGCAGUUGGAUUCAAGAGCACUUCCCCUUUGCCUUCAUCAGAUAGCAGAGUCCUAUUUCCAGGAGGAGGACUAUGAGAAAGCAAUGAAAUUCAUUCAGCUGGAACGACUGUAUCAUGAGCAAUUGCUCGCAAAUCUUUCUGCCAUUCAAGAACAGUGGGAAACAAAAUGGAAAACUGUACAACCACAUACAGUUACAUCUUUGAGGAAUUCAGAAAGAGGAUUUAAUGGUGAGGAUUUUGAACGGCUUGCUAAAUUUUGUACAACACAUCAAGAUCCUCUUUUAUCCAAACAUAAGAUGGCAGCUGUACAGAAGUCCCUGGGAAGGAAAUGCUUUACGCAGUUAAUAGUAUCUGAAGAUCCAAAGGAAAGAGGAGCUACAGCCAAAGAGCCGGAGAGUGAAACUUGUCUUGGCAUGGAAUCAGGAAAAGAAAGCCACCAUAAAAAAGAGACCCGAGAGAGCAGUCCCUGCUGUAAUCAGAUGGACAGGCAGGCAGAUCCCCUGAGCCUUCCGGUAACUGCAGGGAAGGGCCACACGGAGGAGCCGCCCUGCAGCGCUGAAGCCACACUGGAGCUCCACGCCCUGCCCUUGGAGUCGGCAGGGAGCAGGUCUGGGCUACACUCUUCAGGGAAUGCUUGUGAGGAUGACAGCCGCUUGCAGCUGACUCCGUCAGACGCCAGCCAAGAUGUGGCCGAAAUAGAGGGCAUUGCUAAGGAUCCUAAGGUUUCCAGCGAGUCAGUGCUAGAGCCACUGAUUUUACCAGGCUCUGACCAUAUACCUCCUGCGUUGAUUUCUGAGGGUAAAUACUCACAGACGCAAAGAAAAGAACUCCAGUUGCUACUUCAGGAUGCUUCUGAGGCGUUGCCCACAGACCAACUUGAGAACAAUGAAUUAAAUGAGCUGCAGCAACCUGAUCUCACAGACAGUGAUGGAAAAUCACCACAGGGGCAGACUGACUCAGAGGGCUCUGAGAGUGUACUUUGCGAAAAUAAUCAAGUAUCUGAUUUAAGUACAGUGCUUCCAGAGGUGUAUAUGGCCCCAGAGGAACAGGGAGAUAAACACGAACAAGUCAGUAAGGAAACAGAAGACUAUUUGAACAGCCUUUUAGAAGGAUGCUUAAAAGAUCCUGAAGAUUCCCUUUCAUAUGAAGAUAACCAAGAGGAAGACCCUGAUCUUCAAGAUCUUUCUCCUGAAGAAGAAUCUUAUAGUCUACAGGAGAACCUGCCUUCUGAUGAAAGCUGUCUUUCUCUCGAUGAUCUUGCAAAAAGGAUAGAGAUUGCAGAGGUUGUUCAUGCUGAAGGAUUGGUCUCUAUAUUAAAGAAGAGGAAUAAUACUGUAGGAGAUCAUCCUGCCCAGAUGCAACAGAAACCAUCUAAGCGAAGAGUGAGAUUCCAAGAAAUAGAUGACAGCUUAGAUCAAGAUGAAGUUGGAGGUGGUUCCUGUAUUUUACUGGUCUUGCUGUGCAUAGCAACGGUUUUCCUCAGUGUGGGAGGAACUGCAUUAUACUGCACUUUUGGUGACACGGAGUCACCUGUUUGUACAGACUUUGCAGACAACGUGGACUUCUAUUACACUAAGUUACUGCAGGGAAUGGCAGGACUUAAACACUGGAUCUACCUCUCCUAGCAGCAUUCAAGAGGGACAGGCAUGCUGGCCGUGAGAAUCAAAGAGUGAAACUUUUUAAAUAGCUUUUAUUUCAAGAGUUCUGUAACAUGCGCCUCCCUUCCCCAGUGAGGAACCACAAACAUCAGAAACAGCAACUUUAACUGGCAAUACAGAGGAACUCAGAAUAAUCCACAUAAUGAUACAGAUAUUGAUCUGAGCACUGUGGAUGGAAGGAAUAGUCUUUGGAGAGCAUGUCCACCUCCUCCUCGCUGCUUCCUAGUCUAAUGAGCUACAGAAUUAAACAGGGCAGUGUUGGAGCCAAACCAUUUUGGGCUACCUUGUCAGGCUAAUGGCUAAGGACACUUGUGGUUUAUAACCAUUUGUCCAAAGACAUUGCUUCCAGCCAUCAUGCAAUAAGUUUGUGUGUAAUGAAAAAGAGUAACCUUACAGUUUCAAUGUCUUUUUUUAGUUCACCUUGGGAGCUAUGUAACUUAGGCUUUGUGCACUCUCCAGAUUUCCAUUUGUGAAAUGAUUAUGUUUGUGUGUGUGUGUAUGUGUAUUUCAAACAGUUAUCAUAAGCAAAAACCCAACGUAGAAUAAGAAAAAUUAUUCUUUCAACGUGACUAUAGAUGUGCAGCCACAAAACUUUCAAGAAGGCUUAACUGUGGAACAAAUGAACUGUACAAAUCUUGGCCCUGAAUUAAGAAACUGUGACAGAUCUGUGACAGUUAACUUGAUUAACUAGCCAGAAAUUAAUCACUGGCCUAGAGGUGAAAUUAAAGAGCUCCCUCUGAGUGUCAGGCAACCAGUUUCAUCGUGGAUUCAGUGCUUCCUGAUAUAAUAAAUGUUGGAUUCAUCUCAAUUCAGUAAAUACUUAUUGAGCACCUAUUAUGUUCUGAGAAUCUAAGAACCCUUCUAUAAAGAUAAAUAAGGUAUUAGUUCCUGCUCUAGAUGUUUUAAUUCUGGCCUUAUGUAAAAUAAACUAAUACUUUGGCAAAUGAAAUUAAAUCAUCAUAUAUAAUUCAGUAUUAACAGAUCAUACAUUCAGAUGCUUGAAUGUACAUUCAUAUCAUGGGCUUGAUUUAGACCUAAUGUGAGGUCAUUAAGCGAAAAUUCAAUCAUAUCUUAAAUAGGCAAAUGUCUGAUUUUUAUUUAAAUCUGUCAAUUUCCUUUUCUAGGUUACAGUGAUCUAACAAUUAGGAAGCCUUGCUUUGGCUUUUUAUAUCAUUGGCAGCAUUCUAAAAGAAACAAAACACAUGAACUAUAGUUUUUUGGCAAUGAUUAUUAUUUCAUGUUUUUCUGUUAGGAUCAUUUGAAAGAAAAAGAGAGAGUUUCCUUUCUAGUUGUUACUGGCUGGUACAGUACCUCCCUUCGUGUUUCUGCUUAUUUAUUGAGACUUAUGAUUUUUAAAGGGCUUUUUAUAGAGUUGAAAUUGUGUCAUUUAGCAUGCAUCUGGUUAUCCCAAUGCUAGAUAUUUAAUUACUGUAUACUUAGUGUUUUGAUUUUCUAUAAUUUCAGCUCAAUGUGGUUUUAGGCUUGUUUAUUUUUAAAUUGAUGUUUUAUUUUUACUUAUAAUACUGUUUGACUUGUCUGUAUCAUGUCAGCAUAAACUAUAAUAUUUUCAAGGAUUAUAGAUCAAAGAUAUUUAUUUAGACGUGUACAAGAUACUGAAAUCUAGAUUCCUUAUACUUAAGGCUGAUUUUAUUAGAAGAUUAUUUUAAUGUUCUAUUAUAAAUUUUAAGAAUUUGUAUUCAAAUUGUAUGUAAAUAUGUAAAAUGUUGAUGGUACUAUAUUAUGUGGUUCUGUAAAAGACAUUCACAAAGUCUACUGUGAGGGGCAUCCCCAUCAGAGACAAACCUCUUCUGUUUUACCCUCAUGAUUUCUAGUUACAGAAAUUUGGUGAUGCUGAUUUCUGCCGGUUUUAUGUCAAGAUAAGUCAAAGUUUCCCUCCUGUUCACCUUUUUAGGUCACUAUCGAAGUUCUAAAAAAUCUAUAUGUCAUAUUUUCCUAUUGGCCACCAGGGCCAUUACUUCUGAAACUGAAGAUUUCCUGGGAACCUUCACACUGAGGUGAGAGAACUGAGAUAAUACUUUGGUACUCUGUGGAGUCCAGCUGAGUCUCAGAAAAACCACGUGGGUCCUCACUACUUCCCAGGGAGGGUGAGGUGAGCUCAGGAGCAUAUUGAUGUCUUGAUUUAAAAUAAGCAUGAAAUCUCAACUAGAAAAAUUAGGGCAACUUUUAAAAAUGUAAUUGUCAUUUAUUGCAUGAAUUGGAGUAAUUCUAUCUGGUGAUGAGAGAAAUUGUUAUCUCUUGCAUAAAAAAAUCAUCCAGUUUUACUAUAAUGUAAUUUUUUCUGUCAUUUGAAAGCACUGACAACUAUUUGUAACUAAUCUUCCUUAAGAACUGUAUUUGAGGGUAACAGAUCAAGCUUGUAAUUUAAAAUCUAUACCAAAAAAAUGUCUCAGAGAGUUUAUUUGAACCCCUUGGGUACUGAGAAAAACCGCUUUAAAGUGAAAG